UGUGAAAUAGAUAAAUUUUCAAACUCCAACUCAUUUGGAGAGAGAGAGAGACAGAGAGGCAAAAGGAAGAAUCAAAAGCAUCCAAGUGAAGAAAAGCAAAUAUUAGAGGUAGAAGGAGAAGAGAGGAACAGAUCCUCUCACGUGCUACCUAAAUCUUACUUGUAUAUUUGAUAUGCUCUCUUAUCCUAAUUCUCAAUAUUCCCCCUUCUCUCUCUCUCUACCAAUAUUUAUACAAACUACCUGCACCCUAUCUGCCACUGUUUCUUGACAAAAAUCCAUGAGUUCCAUUUCCAGGUGUAACAGAAACGUGAUGGAACUAACAUGGGAAAACGGGCAGCUCGGCUUGCAUGGACUCGUAUUAAAUCCCACAAAAUCAUGGGGCGACCAUACCCUAGAAUCCAUCGUCCACCAAGCUACAACCAAUUUAAACACAUAUCCACAACAACAACAACAACAACAACAACAACAACAACAACAACAACAACAACAACAACAACAACGUCAGUAUCAGCAUCAGCAGCAGCAGCAGCAGCAACAACAACAACAACAACAACAACAACAACAACAACAUUAUCCGAUAGAGAAAUGGGAUCAUGAUGGGAAGUCGAGCUCGAGCCGCCCCAUGCAGGCGGAGGCGGCUUUGCGAAUGCAGAGCGGGAAAAGAGCGAGAUCCGAUUUUCCGGUGGAGGAGAGCGCGUGCGCCAGCGCCAGCGCCACCUUCUGCCGGGAGAUGGACACGACCAUGAUGACGUGGAACUCCUUCGAAUCUACAAGGAGUUUGAAGACUCCAAGGGUUCAUCAAGAUGAUGAUUCUCUCUAUCAAGAUUCCUCGGAAAAUCAAGAGGGAGAAGGCGUCGCAAAAGGGGAAAGAUGCCGCUCUCAAUCAUCGGCACGGCGAAGUCGUGCUGCAGCCAUACAUAAUCUCUCCGAACGGAGACGUAGAGACAGAAUCAACGAGAAGAUGAAGGCUCUCCAAAAGUUGGUGCCCAAUGCGAGCAAGACCGAUAAAGCAUCGAUGCUGGAUGAGGUGAUCGAAUACUUAAAGCAACUUCAAGCACAAGUUCACAUGAUGAGCAAGGCAAGAAAUAUGCCUCAAGUGAUGAUGCCUCUAGGCAUGCAACAACAACUUCAGAUGUCGUUGCUAGCACGCAUGGGAUUGGGAAUGAACGUAGGAAUGAUGGGAAUGGGAAUGCUCGACGCCAAUAAUUUGACUCGAAGUUCGUUCCCUCCCCUCAUGCAUGCUGCGGCCGCGCCUCAAUUUGUGUCGGCCCCGCCCUUUGCCAUGCCCUCGGCGGUUCCUCCUCCAACGCCGUUAAAAGCCAACGUUGAUGUGGCCGCAGCUAGUGCCUCCAUGCCUAAUUUCAACGAUGCCUACAACACAUUUCUUGCUCAAUCUAUGAACAUGGAAUUCUUGAACAAAAUGUACAGACAGCAACAGCAACAGAGCAGCCAGCAGCCAUCAAAGAAACCUGCAGUCAGCUUGUCUCUUCCAAACGAUGCUCAAGGAGGAUGAGAUGAAUUCUCUAAUCAUCUUUACCACUUCGAAAAUCGACAAAAUUUCAUAUUCUAUUUUUAUUAAAUAUAUUGUUGAAAAAGAAUAAAUGUCUGCACAUGGUGUAGAUUGACUAGCCAGCCUUUUCUACUGUACGAAUUGUACUAUACAUAUAUAUGUAUAUGCACGGCUUCUUGGUUAAUUUACAAUAAUUGGUAGCUAGCAUUAUUUAUUUCA